UCUCUCUCCCUCCAUUCACCUCUCUCUCUCUCUCUCUCUCUCUCUCUCACACCUGAAAGCAAAUCUGUGAGAGCGAGUGAGCAAAACAAAACAACCAACCAAAGAGAAAAAGAAGCGAAACCCUAAAAAAAUGGAUGACUAUACGAGGGAGAUGAUGGACCUCAAGACCCUCGUCACUCGGACUCUCGAGAAGAAGGGCGUCCUCGCCAAGAUCCGGGCCGAACUCAGAGCAAGUGUGUUUGAGGCAAUUGAAGAGGAGGAUCGGGUAGUUGAAAAAGAAGAAGGUUUGCCUCCUGCAUUACUUGGUAGCUGCAAUGAUCGUGCAAAACAACUUCAUGCUUCUCCCUCAGGACGGCUACUUACUGCUCUUAUAUGCGAAUACCUAGACUGGGCGCAACUAAAUCAUACUCUAAAAGUUUAUUUGCCAGAGUGUAAUUUGCAAAAAGAUUCUUGGAAAGCUGAGUUGAAAGAAUUUAGUAGCAAGAAUGGAUAUGAUCUCAACAGGAAUGGUGAUAGUGGUCCUUUGCUUUUGGAUGUGCUUGAAGGAUUCUUAAAGUUUGAGAACCUAUCCCAAGCAAGGGGUACUGGAAGAAGGUUAACUGCUCAAGAAACUGAGUCCUUAUCCAAUUUAGAGUCCAGGAACAUUCGAAGGCCUUCUUCAUCAUCAGUUGGUGGGGGCUUGCCUCCACUGGGAAGGUCUAUUCCUUCUUCCCAGGCAUCGGAUCGUAGAGGAGGCUCCUCCAUGUCUGGUUACAGGAAGGAUGAGUACAGUUGGAGAUAUGACAGUGACGAGCACCCAGAGGAUGUAAUUCGAGCUUCAGCUGCCUUGGAGAACCUUCAAUUGGAUAGAAAAGCUCGAAAUCUUACUACAUCUUGGCGGCAUGCUGGGGAUGGAAUCAGUGAGGAUGAUGGCAGGCCAGACCAUAUGUAGCUGAGUGAAUUCCUUUGUACGACUGCAUGUGUAUUUCAAUGUAUUUUUUUUUUCAACGUUGAAUGAGGGUAGUGAUGAUAUGUAAGAUAUUGUAUUGUGAUUUGAUUUAGUGCUUUGAUUGAGCUUUAUUUA